AGAGUUUAGUAGUUAAUAGAGAAGUUCUAAGAGCUUGAAGGCUUGUCUCUCAGGAGAUGAUCCCAUAUUGGUACAGCAGUUAGACUAAGAAAAGAGUGUCAGUCACAAUUAUUGACUAAAAAGAAGGAUUGAGAAGAGCUGAAGAGACUUUCUAGUCGAGGAUGGAAAGCUAAAAAAGAUGAAGGCAGGCUGUAAAGUUUCAUUCCAGGCAGGUCUCAGCUACCUCCUUUAUGAAAUGAGAACAUUGGAUUUCAUUGUCUCUGCAAUCCCCUUAAAUUCUGACACUUUGUGGUUCCAUGAGAUAAAAUAAUGUACAUGAAAUAUAUAGUGAAUGAAGGACCUUCUAAAGACUAAAGCUCCACUAGACUGACAAAGAUGUCCACAACAAGCAAAAAAUGAAGAAUUCCUGUUUUUAGAGAUAUAGGAAGUCCUUUCUAGUUUCCUUCUGACCCAUAUUCUACUUUGUCCAUCUUUCCAAUCAAAAUAUAAUUUCUCUUGUAUCUCCUGAGAAAUUAGGGAUCUGCUAAAUAAUAAAUAAUUGAUUUAACUUUAUCACUUAUACAAAAACGACUUCGUUAUCUAGAGAGGUCCUGGGUUGUGAUAAUGAAAAAAAUAAAGCUCCACUCUCUUUUCCAUAUAUGGUCCAAAGGCCAUAAAGGUAGGGUCUCACAAUGGAGCCACACCCACUUGCUAAGUCCUGCCCCUUCCACCUCACAAUGGCUAAAGGGUUAAAUAGAUGAGCCCCUGGCCCUCGGGCUUUUCAAAGCCCCCGGACUCUGGCAGCUAGCAACAUGUCUACCAACAGGAGAAUGAAGAGCCAAAGCGGGAGGAGAAACAAGAGCAGAUCUCCCCAUAAGGGGGUCAAAAGAGCUGGAGCUAAAAGGAAAUAUCGGAAGGCUGGGCUGAAGAGCAGAAAAAGAAGUGAGGAAGCUCACAGGACUUACCGUUCCAACUUGUGAUACCACCAAGAGCUCAGAGCUGCUGGACUUCUUAGCAACAUCAGUCCGCAGUGAAAAAGAAGGACAGGGGGUCUGCCAGGGCAACCAGAGGUUCGAUCAGAGAAGGAAAAAAGGAAACAUAUUCAAUGUGGGGAAAAUCCAAGCUUGAGGAAGUGAGGAAUGUAUAUGAUGGCAUUUUUUCCCCCCCAACAUCUCAAUAAAAUUUAGAAACCUGGU